AUGGCUGCUACUGCUUCUCGGAAGGCCAUAACCUCACCACCAUCCUCAGCCUCUUCACCCGCCACAGUGUCACCGUCGCCAUUCCUCUUGUCCAAUGUGCGCCAAAGGAUCGAGGUGGGAAACGUCGUCGAUUUUAAAAUCCCCAGCUUGCGCCAUUAUCCGGACGCCCUGCAACAUCUUGACUCGAGGCUUGAUUUUACGGGCAAACUUGUGCGCAUUUAUGAUGCUAUGAUCGGCCUUCGCCAGUAUGGUGUUGUCGAUUGA